AUGAAAUAUGAGUUGGCCGUCACUUGGCAGGUGCCAUCAACAAGACCAAAGCCACUAAUAGCAGUAGAGCUAGCUAUUUAUUUUUUCGUUUUCUGCACCGGCAUAAUCUUGAAUAUUUCUGUGUUGCGAGUCAUAAACAGGCUCAGGACAAGGUCUGUCUCUUCCGUAUUUAUUCGUCAUCUGGCCAUCGCUGAUCUGCUGCAGUGUGUGUUCGGGCUUUUUCCGAUUAUAUUGGGAGAUUUAUUGCGCAUAGUGGGCCCGGGCAGCUGGAUUAUACCCAGAGCCGCUUGUCUAAUCGUGGCCUUUCUCUCGCAAACAUCGAAAUCUACCUCAUUUUUCGUCACUUCCGUCAUCUCACUCGACAGAAUGAUCAUCAUCAGAAGGCCUUUCGGGAAACGAUGCAAGCGAUCGAAUGCGUUCAUGGCUACUCUAUUCCUCAUGUUCGCAGCUCAAAUCGUCAUGGUUCCUCCUCUGUUCGGGAUUUCUGGUUUCAGGGAGAGUUUCUACGUUAACACCUGCACAAUGGAUUACUGCAACAAAGGGGCCGAAACGAUCUACUUGAAAACAGCAAUUUUAUUUACUUACUUUGCCAGCUUUGGAACCUCUUUAUUUUGCUACUACAAAGUUUAUCAAGUGACAAUUCGCCAAAGUAAGAAGAAACGAGCUUUAAACAGUUCAUCCCUUCGCCUCCAUGAAGAUGAACUCACUUCAACACCAACACCAGAACUUGGUAUAAAUGCACACUCAAAUGGGAUCGGCUCUCAAAGAAAUGUUAAAUCGUCUACGCAAGGAACUGUGAGACGCACACCUAGGGAGAGAAAAAGGGCCAACAAAAAUAGCCUGAAUAUGAAAGGAGGGAGAGGAGGUUCAGGUUCUUCAGCCCCGUCGCGUUCAGCGUCUAUGAGGUCACUUGCGAGCUUGAGUUCCCUAUGGACUGGACAAACUUUAGACAUUCGAAGAACAAGAAAAACAAUUAUGAUCACAAUCAUGACUGCGAUGCUUCCUCUACCCUUGAACAUUUGGGGAUUCUUCGCUUCAUUUUUUCCAGCUUGUGGUGAAAUGACGCAUCCGCCAUUACUUCUUCUUGCGAAUUUUGUGGUCAUAUUCAACCCAUUGGUGUAUGGAUUUCUUAAUCACGCGCUACGUAAAAAGCUUCUCCAAUUAUGGGUCUUUAGAUGCUUCGUGAGCAAUCAAGUAGGAACAGUAGUGGAAAGCACAGUCGUCAGAACACCUGUUCGAUCGCGUCACAAAUCGGAAUGCGAUGCAUCAAAAGAGGUGCCAGCUCCACCACAUCGAGGGUUAUCACGACGGAGAACAUCUUCUGAUAGCGGCGCACUUCUUUCCAAAUCGAACUUAGAAACGACAGGCAGUGUAGACGAUGAUAUCGAUGUAUUUAGUCCAGACAACUGUAAAAACUGUAAUGAUGCUAUUUAUUAA